CUCUCCGGUGCGUUCGUUGUUUGGCUGCCUCUGCUCGCAGCCAUGGGGGAAGGAUUCUACAUCAGCAAGGUUUUGGGAGUCACGUUGAUCAUAUUUGGUGUUGGAGCUGUGGCCACCAUCAUUGCUUUGUCAGUUGUUUAUUCUCAGGAAAAGUCGAACAAUGGGGUUGAGCCCACUAAUGGGGAAGUUACACCCACCACAACUGCUUCUACCCCUACCACCCCGACAACCCCAAAGGAACCAUGGGACCACUACCGGCUGCCUGACUCUUUGGCACCCGUCUCCUACAAUGUAACUCUGUGGCCACGACUGCAGAUAAACCCAGAUGGCCUCUACAUCUUCACAGGACAUUCGACUGUGGUCUUCAAGUGUGUGAAGGAGACAGACCUGAUCCUCAUUCACUCUAACAAGCUUAACCUGACCCUGUUUGAAGGACACCAUGCCAAACUGACUGGGCUAGAUGGAGCUACUGCACCCAGCUUGAUGAAAACCAGGUUGGAGGAGAAGACAGAGUACCUUGUAGUUCAGCUGAAUAGUAAACUAACUGUUGGAAAGUCGUACGAGCUCUAUACCGAUUUUGUAGGAGAGUUGUCAGAUGAUCUGGGAGGAUUCUACAGGAGUGAAUAUUUUGAGGACUCUGUGAAAAAAGUUGUAGCUACCACUCAAAUGCAGCCAACAGAUGCCCGAAAAGCCUUUCCGUGCUUUGAUGAGCCUGCGAUGAAAGCCAUCUUCCACAUGACCAUCAUUCAUGAUCAUGGAACUGUGGCUCUGGCCAAUGCAAUGAAUUACGAACCAAUAAACGUUACCAUCGGAGGCCAGUCUCUCAGCCAAACCAGUUUCGAACCAACAGAGAUUAUGUCCACCUAUUUACUGGCUUUUGUAGUCAGUGACUUCAGUUUUAUCGGAACACCUGAAGGUGCUAAAGUUCUGAUCAGAAUCUGGGCACGCAGAAAAGCCAUUGAAGAAGGUCAGGGACUUUACGCUCUUAAUAAAACUGGGCCAAUCCUGGAGUUCUUUGAAAAAUAUUAUAACUCCAGCUACCCUUUAAACAAAUCGGACCAGAUUGCUCUACCUGACUUUAGUGCUGGAGCUAUGGAAAACUGGGGCCUCAUCACCUACAGAGAAACUGCCCUUUUAUACAAUCCUACAAUGUCCUCCAAUGGAGAUAAGGAGUGGGUGGCCACAGUUAUAUCCCAUGAACUGGCUCACAUGUGGUUUGGGAACCUGGUGACCAUGAAAUGGUGGAAUGAUUUAUGGCUAAAUGAAGGCUUCGCCUCCUAUGUCUCCUAUCUCGGAGCUGACUCUGCAGAACCUACAUGGAACAUUAAAAAUCUUAUUGUCCUGAAUGAAGUCCAUGGUGUAAUGGCUGUGGAUGCCCUUGCCUCCUCCCACCCACUCUCAUCCAAAGAGGAGGAUAUCAUGAGACCUGAGCAAAUCAGUGAGCUGUUUGACUCCAUUACUUACAGCAAGGGUGCUGCUGUGUUAAGGAUGCUUUCAGAUUUCUUAACUGAGCCUGUCUUUGCCAAAGGACUUAGUACUUACUUGAAUGAGUUUCAGUAUGGCAACACUGUCUACACAGAUCUUUGGAGGCAUCUUCAAAUGGCAGUGGACAGCACUACUCCAAGCUUGGAGCUGCCACACUCUGUGGAAAUCAUCAUGAACCGGUGGAUCCUACAAAUGGGAUUCCCUGUGGUCAAUAUCAACACCAACAGUGGAGGCAUUACCCAGAAUCACUUUCUACUGGACCCCAACUCAGUUGUGGACAGACCAUCUGAAUUCAAUUAUGAGUGGUUUGUUCCCAUAAAGUGGAUCAAAAACGGUGUAAAUCAGAAACAGCACUGGCUACUCACAAAAACAGGUACUCACACACCAAUGAAAACCACUGGAAGUGAGUGGGUGCUGGCCAAUACUGACGUGUCUGGGUUCUAUAGAGUGAACUAUGACCUUACUAACUGGGAACGCCUCCUUACCCAGCUGGACACCGACCACGAGAAAAUUCCUUUGAUCAACAGAGCUCAAAUUAUUGAUGAUGCUUUUAAUCUUGCAAGGGCAAAGAUUGUGGAGACCACACUGGCUUUGAGAACUACUAAAUUCCUCCUCAAGGAGAGAGAGUAUAUGCCUUGGCAGACUACCCAGAGGAACCUGGACUAUUUCAUCCUCAUGUUUGACCGUAGUGAGGUUUAUGGACCUAUGCAGGCUUACAUCAAGAAACAAGUCACACCUCUUUUCAACCAUUUUAAAAAUAUCACCACAAACUGGACAAAAAUCCCUGACUCUCAUACUGACCAGUACAACCAAGUCAAUGCCAUCUCUUUGGCAUGCAGUACUGGUGUGGAGGGAUGUUCUGAGUUGACCACAGGCUGGUACAAACAAUGGAUGAACAAUCCCUUGAAUAACCCGAUUCAUCCCAACCUGAGAUCCACCGUGUACUGUAGUGCCAUAGCAGCUGGAGGGGUGAAGGAGUGGGACUUUGGCUGGGACAUGUACAAGAAUGCCACCAUAGCCUCAGAGGCCGACAAGCUGAUGUCCGCUCUGUCAUGUACAAAAGUGCCAUGGCUACUGAACAGGUAUUUGGAAUAUAGCCUGGAUCCAGAAAAAAUUCGCAAGCAGGAUGCUACUUUCACGAUUGUUUAUAUUGCUGGCAAUGUUGUCGGGCAGCCCCUGGCCUGGGACUUUGUCAGAGCUAAAUGGGACUUUAUAUUCAAUGACUAUGGUGGAGGUGGACUUUCAUUUUCAAGGCUUAUCGAUGGUGUGACCCGACGUUUCUCAAACGAAUUUGAUUUAAAACAGUUGCAGCAGUUCAAGGACGAAAACAUUGAAGGAGGCUUUGGUUCAGCCACACUGGCAUUGGACCAAGCCCUGGAGAGAACCAGAGCUAACAAAGAGUGGGUGACAGAGAACAGGGAGCAGGUGCUUAAGUGGUUCACUGAUGAAUCUACUUCAGCUGCUUACUAACCGCAGUAAGAUCCCAACUUAAAUUAUGCAGUGACAUAUCUAAUUUGUGGACCAUGUUUCAUACUUUGACAGUUAUAUUUCUACAUUAUUCCUAUUCUAUGGAGAUGUUGGUUGCAUAUGAAUAUGUUUAUACCUAUUAUGAAUGUAACAUUCACCCCAAAUUCAUUGUAUGAUUAGUUUUCUCCCAAUAAAGUCUUUAUUUUGACAUGUAA